AUGAGGAAUAAGAAGGGUGGCACGAGGGGCGGCGAAGGCUCGGCGCGGCGAGUGCCGAGAGGGUGCGUGCCGGUGCUCGUCGGGCUCGAAGAGAUGGAAAGGUUUGAGGUGCGCACCAAGCUCUUCAAGCAUCCAUGCAUCACGGCUUUGCUGGAGAUGGCCGCUCAGGAGUUUGGCUACGAGCAAAAGGGUAUUCUUAGGAUACCAUGUGAUGCUGAGCACUUCAGACAAGUGCUUGAGGGACUGAAGGAGAAUUUGGGAGAACAUAGUUUAGAGAUUAUGGGGAUGGCCUCAGCUGUGGCACCGUGCCCUUAA